ACCCUCAUCUCCUGAAAACAGCCAUCCCCUAAGCGAUCAGCAACUGCCACACACACACACACACACACACACACACACCACCACAACAACAACAAAAUAAAACAGAAGGGGGGGAAGCAGUCCCCCCAGAAGCCCAGCCCAGCACUGAGACCUCUCGGGAUGUGUCUGCUUCCCCCUCUAGUCGGUGUGUUACAUUCCUGAAGAACGAAAGCUCAGGCCAGCUGAGCCGCACCACUAAAACUUUAAGAAGACUUUCUGGGCGGGGGGUGAGUCCCCCCCCCCUUCCCCCUUUUCCCUGUCGGAGCAAAAGAUUUCUCCGUUGUCGUUGCAGCCCGGGGCUGGGGAGGAGAGCCCUGCGCCUUAACGGAGGAAGAAGACGCGUCUGCUGCAGCGCGCGGGACUUCGCUUCGCUCGGCCCAGAAAAGGGGGUGGCCCGGCUUUGAUUUGUGUGUCUGUUUGAAACCCAACCGCCCCAGACUGACUCCGGAAUGGCAACUUUACCCGGGACAGUUCCCAGAAUGAUGCGCCCCGCGCCGGGACAGAACUACCCGCGCACUGGGUUUCCUUUGGAAGUGUCGACUCCUCUGGGCCAGGGCCGAGUGAACCAGCUCGGCGGGGUGUUUAUUAAUGGCAGGCCCUUGCCAAACCAUAUCCGCCACAAGAUAGUGGAGAUGGCCCACCACGGCAUCAGACCCUGCGUGAUCUCCAGGCAGCUGCGAGUCUCCCAUGGCUGCGUCUCCAAAAUCCUUUGCAGGUAUCAGGAGACCGGCUCCAUCCGCCCCGGAGCAAUCGGAGGGAGCAAACCCAGGCAGGUUGCCACUCCCGACGUGGAAAAGAAAAUCGAGGAGUACAAGAGAGAGAAUCCAGGGAUGUUUAGCUGGGAAAUCCGAGAUAGACUCCUGAAAGAUGGGCACUGUGACAGGAGCACUGUUCCCUCAGUGAGUUCGAUUAGCCGAGUGCUAAGAAUCAAGUUCGGGAAGAAAGAGGAAGAGGAGGAUUGCGACAAGAAGGAGGAAGACGGGGAGAAAAAAGCCAAGCACAGCAUAGACGGGAUUUUGGGCGACAAAGGUAACAGGCUGGAUGAAGGCUCAGAUGUUGAGUCUGAACCGGACCUACCCUUGAAACGCAAGCAGCGCCGCAGCCGGACCACCUUCACAGCCGAGCAGCUGGAGGAGCUGGAGAAGGCCUUUGAGAGAACCCACUACCCAGAUAUCUACACACGAGAGGAGCUAGCCCAGAGGACCAAACUCACAGAGGCCCGAGUACAGGUGUGGUUCAGUAACCGAAGAGCCAGGUGGCGCAAGCAAGCAGGAGCCAAUCAGCUGGCAGCUUUUAAUCACCUGUUGCCAGGGGGCUUUCCGCCAACUGGAAUGCCGACUCUACCACCCUACCAGCUGCCAGAUUCCACCUACCCAACCACCACUAUUUCCCAAGAUGGGAGCAGCACCGUGCACCGACCCCAGCCCUUGCCACCAUCCACCAUGCACCAGGGAGGGCUGGCAGCUGCUGCCGCCGCUGAUACCAGUUCUGCCUAUGGGGCCCGACACAGCUUCUCCAGCUACUCGGACAGUUUCAUGAACCCUGCAGCUCCCGCCAAUCACAUGAACCCUGUCAGCAACGGCCUCUCUCCACAGGUGAUGAGCAUCCUAAGCAACCCGAGCGGCGUUCCACCGCAGCCCCAGGCUGAUUUCUCCAUCUCUCCCCUCCACGGUGGUUUGGACACCACCAACUCCAUCUCCGCCAGCUGCAGCCAGCGGAGCGACUCCAUCAAGUCUGUUGACAGCCUCCCCACCUCGCAGUCCUACUGCCCUCCCACCUACAGCACCACUGGUUAUAGCGUGGACCCCGUGGCCAGCUACCAGUACGGACAGUACGGACAAACUGCUGUCGACUAUUUGGCCAAGAAUGUCAGCCUGUCUACACAGCGCAGGAUGAAGCUGGGAGAACAUUCAGCUGUGCUGGGCCUCCUACCAGUAGAGACAGGCCAGGCUUACUGAAGAGUCCAUCUGUGCCAACAACCCACUCCAGCAAUCUGGUACCACCGGAGAAAACACCACCAGCAGCCUUCCAGGGUUCCACCUCUGCCCAGACCCCGCUCCUUUCCAAAUCCCCACCACUCUGCACCAACGCAAGACGUGAAGGAGAUGGGAAAGAGGGGGGAAGGCUCUCCAUGUAUCCAGUUCCUUACCAAGCACUCUUCUAAGACGCCAAUCCAGCCUCUUUAACCGUGACUCUUUCUGUGGCCAGAGACAAUGGGUUGGAUACAUUUAUUAACCCUAAUGUUCAUGCUCUCCCUCCAGCCCACCUGGUCAGCUUGGCAUACUGCCCACACUUAAUGACUUUCCAUUGAUCUCGGUAGUUGGCACAGUCAACGCUGAAUUUCUUUUUCCAUUGUAAAAUAUAUAUUUUUAUUUUCCCCCCUUCUUUUUUAUUGUAGUAACUUGGUGGACGUUGUAUAGAAGGAGUAACCAAGCUGAUCACUAAGGGUGAUGUCAUUCGGGACCAAAAGACCUUUGGACCAAAUAUAAGAAGGUGUUUAAAAAACAAAUGAAAGUUACAGCAAACCUGUCCACCCCCCACGCUGCUGAUAGGAUCCCGUAGCAAGG